AUGAUUGAAAUAAUCUGUAAUGAUCGUCUUGGAAAAAAAGUUCGUGUUAAGUGUAAUGAAGAUGAUACAGUCGGUGAUCUCAAAAAAUUAAUUGCAGCACAAACUGGCACUAACUGGCAGAAAAUUGUUUUAAAGAAAUGGUAUACUGUUUUUAAAGAUCACAUUACAUUAAGUGAUUAUGAGAUUCAUAAUGGGAUGUCACUUGAGCUCUACUAUAGUUAA